UAUGCACCAACCAUUGUGCGCGUUCGACGUCAGAGCUCACCGGGCUUGCCGCAUAAAAUUAAUCCUGGCGGAGUCGUCGGUUUAUCCCAACCCAUUCGCGUUCUAUCUUGACCUGGAGGGUGCAGUGGCAUGACUGCUCGUAUUUCUGACGCUGCGAGUGUCACCCUCCGCGACCGCAUUGCGAGUUCUGUGGGCGGACUCGUAAACCAGUGGGAAUCGUUGUGCGUAUGUAACGGCGUCGGAUACGUUAUGGCAUUGACGGGGAUCCAUGCCGGGUUGGGUCGUCCAUGCGAGCGAGCAACUCAAAUCAGUUCAACGGGCAGGCAAAAUGCAAGGAAGGCGAAGGCAAAGGCAAAGGCGAAGGCAAGGGAAGCAAGGCAAUCAUUGAGCAGCAAUCCAUCAAUCAAUCAAUCAAGAAAGCAAUCAUCCAAGAAAGUUCGGCCAGGCGCAGCACAUGGAGCCAGCCAACGGCCAGUCAAGCCAUUCAGCUCGCUGAUCACCAACUGCCGGAACGGUUCCCACCUGUUUCGCUCGCGCCCGAAUGGAAUCAGACCCAACCAGAAAGUGACAGUGAGACCACCACCAGCGGGCUCCCUCCUCAACCUCGAGUCGGUGACGUCGAGCGGCGUCUCCCAAGCGUCCAAGCAGAAGCCUGCAUCGAGGUGAUCAGCGAGCGAGGCAGCGCGACGCCGGCGUCUGUACCUUGCAUUGGCCGACUGGCGAUGGGUCGGAACACAGCGCUCGAGGACGGGCGGAUGUGACACGACAUCAGCCCAGCGAAUGGCUGUGCACAUGUC